AUGGGAUCCGAGAAGCUCAAUGAGAAGCGUCGUCGCGCCGAACACGCGACCUCGGCGCUUUCAAAGCCAUUCAAAUCUCCCCUCCGUCGACCAGCGCAGACAUCGGAGGCCAAAGACGAAUCAUCACCCACAAUCACAAAACAUAUCUCCUCGCCUGCACAUCAAGCAAACGAAGUUCAUUCAUCCAGAAAGAUACAGGAGCAACCUGCAACCUCAACCACAAUUUCAUCCAUCGCAUCCAUCAACUCGUCAUCAUCUAGUACUUCAUCACCUCUGGGCUCACUGAAUCGCAAAAGGAAGAACACCACCAUCACUCACCUAACGCCAACUAAGAAGCCAGUCCUCCUGGACCCAGAGAUUACAGAGCUCCAGAGACAGCAAAGAACGCUCCAAUCACGGCUUUCGGCGCUGCGUUCGGAACUGGACACAGCGCGACAGGCUCUCCGGGUCGAAUCCUCGGAUAAAGACACCGAGCUGGAGGGAUUGAUCGCGAAAUGGAAAUGCGCAAGUCAGAAUGCAGCGGAGGAGGUGUUUGCGGGUGCGCAGGAACGCGUGACUCGGCUUGGGGGUAUGAAGGCGUGGAAAGAUCAGAUGCGGAAUAACAAUGCGAGAUGGGAGCAGGAGGAGAUGAAUUCGUGGUAUGGGUGUGCUGAAGCCGAAGGGGUCGAUAUCGACGAGGAGGCACUGAAGUCUCGAAAGGCGGAGAUGUUGGAGCAAUGGGAUGUUCCUGGGAAGGAGGUCGAGGAUAAGAAACGGGAGGAAUCUAUUGAGGAAGAGGAAUUUACUAUGGACUUCAUGCUGAAGACAUUGAAUGUUGAUUUGAAGCUGAUCGGGUACGAUAAAGAUGGUCAGAGAUUGGCAGAAUUGGAGAGGUCAAAGGACGAUGCCUCCAGCACCUCCCUGCACGUACGGGAUAUUGGUGUUCAGACGGACCCAAUUAAUAUUGCUAGCGCCGAUCCUCCGCAUAUGCCCAUAUCUAACGACCUGGAUACUAUAUUAACUGGUGACACUGCGAAUUCUGGCAUGGUAUCGCAAGAAAUGGAUUCAAUUCUGGAGCCCUGUUCGCCUCUUCCGUUUGAUACAACACAUACAUUGACGCCCGGGACUGAUAUACUUCCAGCCGCUUCUCAUCCGGGAGCUCAACCACUGGAGGCACCUCUAAUAUCCCGAGUUGCAUACGAAAUGUACCCUAGGUCAGCAAGCAUUGGAAACUCUCCAUGGACAGAAAGUAAAUCGCCUGAGUCUCUUAUCCCUUCCAGGACUCACCCACCUUUGCUAGAGGAAGUCUACACCAGCCUCUACCUCAAGAUCACGAAUUGGGUAUGGCCAUUUUUGAACCAUAAUGCCUGGCGAUCGUGGCAUCAUGAAUGGAUACAUGACGAAGACGCUGAGCGAUGGAAAGGAUUCUUCGUAUAUAUGGUGUAUGCCAUUGGGGCUUUGUUAAACAACGGACUUCAUCCAGACCAGGGUUAUGCGACACGUGCAGCAGAUCUCUACACAUCUGCAAUGACUUAUUAUCCGUAUUUCAUGGGGCAUUCGUCUGCGGUUCUUCAUAUCGAAGCUUCAAUCCUGAUGAUACUAUACUCGCUUCAUUGUCCCUCAUCAGAAGAGAUCGCUGUUACGGUAUCCUCGAUUGUCCCAUUCUGUGCUGCCACCAUGUCUGAAUUACGAAAGCAAACUUCUGACGUGGGAGAUGAUCAUAAUGUUCGAGAUGAAGCCGGACAGGGAGUGGAUAACACACUCACGGAGCCCCUAUUUAUCACAUGUUAUAUGCUAAACGAGAUUAUUGUUUGUGGAUGGGAUAGGCCAGUAUCAGCAGCCUAUAGGGCCAUUGAUGAUGAUAUUUAUACAUUGAGCAACGAACUGCCUUGUUCUUCUAGCACAAACCGCGCCUUGAGACACCUGUUCAGCCUGCGGAAAAUCCAAGCCAAAAUCCGUCGACAACGAGAGGACUCCCCCCCAAGCCAAGAUGCCAGUGACUCGCUCCUGAAGUCCGCUCUGGAUGCGUGGAAAAGGGAUAUGCCACGAUACGGCGUAGAGGAUAAUCCGAGUACCUAUCUUCAUCCGCUCUGA